AUUACAAGACUCUAGGUUAUUGCGAAGAGCGGAGAUGAAGGUUGGAGAUGGCUCCUGCGUCCUCAUCACUGGCGCUGGAUCCGGCAUUGGGAGGGCGCUGGCGCUGGACCUUGCGAGACUCGGUGCCAGCAUCACAAUUGUGGAUCUGUCACGUGAGAAUGGGCUGCGAACGCUGAGCUUGGUGAGAGAGGAGCAGCAGAAGCUGAUGAACCCUCCCUCUGCCAUUUUCGUCGAGUGCGAUGUCUGCGAUCCAGCCCAAGUCGCAAAGGCGUUCAAGGAGCACAACGCAACCUUCGCGAGGCUGGACGCGUGCGUCAACUGUGCGGGGAUCUCCGAGCAGGGCGACUUCGUGAGUGAUGCGAAAUGGCGCAAGGUCUUGAGCGUGAACCUCAUGGCAGCCAUUGAAUGCACGAUCCAAGCAAUCCAAGCUAUGAGGUCCCAGGACAGUCCCGGAGGAGCCAUUGUCAAUCUUGCUUCGGCUGCGGGACUCUUUCCUGUCCCUUUGUAUCCGAUCUACGCUGCAUCCAAAGGUGGACUGGUACAGUUCACAAGGUCGCUCGUGGAACUACAGAGCGAAGGAAUUCGAGCAAACGUCCUGUGUCCCGGGUUCACUGAAACGCCCAUGACUGACAUUGUCCCCAAGGAGAUGAUCGCUGCGACUGGUGGAUUCAUACCAAUGGAAAAGAUAAUCCAAGCGAUACUGGAGCUGAUUGUGGACGAGAAGCAAGCCGGCGCAUGCCUGUGGGUCUCCAAUAUGAACGGUUCCCUCUACUGGCCCUGCGAUCUGAGCAAGCUCGGAUGAAAGCAGCGUCUGACAAAUCGACUUGGUGUUCCUUUGUUUACAUAGAAUGAGCGCUGUGAUUUGAUAGUAACUUAGCUGUCUCGUAGCGACGCUUGAACUUCUUCUCCCUGCUACAAAUCUGAUAAGCUCGAGUCGAGAGCUGCCAAGUCGCCGUGUGAUCUAUAUGAUAUGACAUUCAGCUACGAAAC